GGAAAACGCGCGCUGCCCGGCCGCAAAUUUAAGCUCUGGACCUAAAUCGCGCCUGAGGCAGCACCCAUUCACAAGAAUCCACGUGUGCGCACCGGCAAAAUCUCAACCACACUCAUACUCGUCGAUUCGCAACGCGCGGCGAGCCAUUCCGACGCACGGACACGCUGCGAACUUUAGCUGGCCGCAGAAAGCCCAGACGACGCGCGCGCUACAUAACGCACACCGCCGCAACCAUGCCGCUUACAUACAAAUCCCUCCUCCUCGCGCUAGCCGCGACGCACGCGCUCGUGCCACGUGCCAAUCCGAAGAACAGCCGGCUCCAACGGACGCGGCUACACGAAAAGCCCAUCGACAGCGACGAGAUGGCGUCGCUCUAUCAGGAGCUACGAGCGAGGCAGUCCGACGUCGAGGCCGAUAGAGCGCAGACCUUAGAAAGGUGGCGCACUGGGGGAUGUUCCUCCACAGUCGCGGUGGCAGCGUCGGACUGGGUGCGGCGCAUGGCCUUUGAUGGAGGCACCGUGGCUUUUGGGACGGCGUCCGGGGGCGUGGGGUGCUGCCGGGUCGGGCAAGGACCGUCGAGAGCGGACGUCGUCAAAGCGCAUCCUCGCGCGGUCGAAGGCCAGGACCUCUCAAAGCUCCACGGCGCCUACGACGGCGGCGGCGUCACGGCCAUCGACAUGGCCGGGCGCGUUGUGGUCAGUGGUGGGCGCGGCGGCCAGGUCCAGGUGCACCAAGCUAUUCCGAAGGGCGAUUCGCUGACCCUCGAAGCUGUUACUACACUAGAUGUAUCGGUAGGAUCGACGGUGUCCUCGGUAGCCGUAGCGGACGACGGCAAGACGCUGGUGGCGUGCGCGUUAGAUGGCUCGAUCCAAGGCUUCGCUUGUGUGGACGAAGAGUGGAAAGCGACCUGGUCCUCGAAAAACGAUGCGGCGGCGCUCACCGUCAUCCUGGACGAAGAAAGAGACGCUUGUGUGGUUGGCUUUUCGGAUGGCGAGGUCUACGCCCUGGACGUGAAUAGUGGAGAGGAACUGUGCGAGCCGUUCACCACGGCGACGGGGGCGGGGUGUCGAAGCUUAUUGGUGAGCGACGGCCACCUCUUCGUGGGCGGCGCCGACGGGUCUGUUGUCAGACGCAAGCUUUGUGUGGACACGUUCGCGAUUCACCCGUCGCAAUUGAUCCUGGAGACGAAGGCCGAUCGGUUGCUCCCGCCGCACGGCGACGCCGUCGUGGCCAUGUGCGCGCCACCGUGUGGCGGCAUCGUGUGCACGGCGUCGCGCGACGGCUCGAUCCGGGUCUGGGAUUCAGCGGCGAGGGAGCCGCGCGCGCUCUACGGCUUCCAGGGCUUCAAGGUCUGGAUCGGGUCGCUCUGCGCGUCCGCGGACACGUUAAUUUCUGAUGGUUCCGACAACGCCAUCAUCCAGCACACGUUCGACCGCGACGCGGAGGCGCGCGCGCCCGUGGACCCGUCGCUCGAGCGCCGCGGGUGACUCGAAUCCCCCUUUGCCCCCGACGUGUUGCAUAUAGAGGAUGC